GGAUUAAAGAUGCUCAACAAACACACCCCACGGGGCAAAGUUCAAGGCUUGUAAGGCGGAGCUUAUUCUGUAACCUGUUUGGAACAUGCUGCCUACCUCAUGAGAGAUGUCAGCUUUGAAGUCAGCAAACAAAGAAUUGAAAGGAAUGAUGAAGACCGUGAAAAUUGACGAUGUAGAUAGCUUGCAAGAUGAGAUGAUGGACCUGAUGGAUGUGAGCAACGAAAUUCAAGAGUCACUUGGUAGAAGCUACAGUGUACCUGAUGACAUUGAUGAGGAAGAACUCAUGGGUGAGCUUGAUGCUUUGGAAGCGGACAUGGGGAUGGAGACUGAAGGUGAUGGGGUACCUGCGUAUCUUCAACCUGAUAAAGAACCUGAUCUAGAAGCAGAACUCAACAUGCCUUCAGCACCAACAGGGCAUGGAGCAGUUCCAGCUGGAAGAGCCAACACCCAGGCUGAGGAUGAACUGGGUUUACCUGCUGCCCCUCAUGCAUCCCUUCGUGGUUAGAAACGGAGUUGGCUGGGGCAAGAUACUAUCUGCGUUUCUCACUGGUCUGUCAAACAUUUUGGAGGGAUCAGAUUGGCUUGUACCACUAUAUACCUAUUGUCCAGAAAUCGUCUUUGAUUGCCAUAGUGGUCUUUUGUUUGGUUAUUUCAAAUGAUGAACCAUAUUUCAUGAUAAAGGACCUCAGUGAAUCCUAUAUAUGAAAAAAAAAUAAGGGUGCAGCAGGAAAUUACUAGUUUAUGUGGAGAUACACGAGGCAAAGCUGCAAAUAUUGAUUUCCAUGCUGUUGUCGAUUAUUUUGUGAAUAUCCAAAUUGCAUUGUUGUAUGUGAUGUAAUCUAUGGUAUGAUAGCUGGUGAGUUUGCCCAACACUUCACACAGUCGUGAGCCGACCCCAAACAGUUGGAACAAAG